ACUACAAAGGGUUAAACUCUCUCUCUAUAUAUAUUGAUUCAGAAGAACGAAGAACACCAGGAGAGAGGAUGGGAUUGAUAGUGUUGGAAGCAUUAUUGCCUCUGGGGAUUAUCGGUGGGAUGUUGUGCGUGAUGGGUAAUGCCCAAUAUUUCAUCCACAAAUCGGUCCAUGGAAGGCCGAAGCACAUCGGAAACGAUGUUUGGGAUGUUGCUAUGGAGAGACGCGAUAAGGUGAUAACGGAGAAAGCUACAUCUCCUUCAUCUAACUAGUCUUGUUCUGAUCCGGAUACAAAAACAUAAGACACAUGUGAUUAAAGCUAUGAUUGACAUCUUGUUGCAGGGACUUAGUGGAUGGAUUUGUGAAGAAUAAAGUGCCCAUUGGAUGGUUUUGAUUUUCUUUCAUGUUAUCAUUGCUGCUACAUUUUUAGUGAAUGUGUUUUGAAAAGUAAUGCACUUUCUUUCCUGUCAAGAUUGUAAUUCCUCUUUCUGAUAAAAUCGCUUGAGUUGUUAGUCAGAUGGUAUGCUUAUUACCACAUGACAUGGUAACCAUUUGUGGGUAAUAAAUACAUUUGAUUAUUUAAGA